UCGUCCUUCAUGAUCAGUCACUCAACCAAGCCAGCAAGCAGUUGAAAAAAGCACGAUUCGGAUUCGAAACGUGAAAGCGAGUAACCGACGCCACGGGAUUAGAUUUUCGCUAUAUAUUUAAAAUAUCAACAACGAUCAAAUACCUCUCUCACUUUCCACCUGUAGAAUCAGAUUCUCCGGUAUUUCCUUUCAUUUCCUUUCAAAAUCGAAUCGAUCACACUAACAUCUCCUCUUAGAUCAUUCUGUAAUACUGUGAUUGCAGUGAAUUUGAGGAGAGAAAUUGAAGAUGGAGGCUUCAGCUGGUCAAGGAACUGUUUUUGCACCAUCGUUGGAAGGAAUGAAGCAUGUCAGAUCUGAUAACGGAGAAAUACUCACUAAACCUUUCUUGGACGUCUGCAAAUUGAUUUUGCCUGUUAUUGAUAAGUUUGGAGCUGCUAUGGCCCUUGUAAAAUCUGAUAUCGGUGGUAACAUAACAAGAUUGGAAACCAAAUAUCUGUCAGAUCCAUCUAAAUACAACCAAUUUUACACUAUGGUUCAAGAGGAGGUUGAUGCUAAAACAGCAAAAGGAUCAUCAAGUUGUGCCAAUGGUCUUCUUUGGCUGACCAGAGCAAUGGAUUUCCUGGUGGAACUUUUCCGGAAUUUACUUACACAUCCAGAUUGGACAAUGUCACAAGCCUGUACAGAUUCCUAUGGCAAGACACUGAAAAAAUUUCAUGGCUGGCUUGCCAGUUCAAGUUUCACUAUUGCCAUGAAGCUUGCUCCAGAUAGGAAGAAGUUCAUGGAAGUAAUAGCUGGCACAGGCGAUGUUGCUGCUGACAUGGAGGAAUUUUGUACAACCUUUCCUCCAUUUCUUGAAGAGAAUCACAAGUUCCUGGCUAGUGUUGGUCUGGAUGAUAUGAAAGCUUCAUAAUUGAGGAGUUCCUUCUGAUGCCUGCCAGUGGUUUUGGUUUUACCUUUUCUCCCUGUUGAUUUGGCUUCAAAAACUUUAGACGGGAGAAAUAAUUAGCCACUUCAAAUUUUACAGCUAUAUAUAACUCAUCUAUUCAACCUUUUCUGUAGCACUUGUGUUAUGACAUGCUCACUCUUUUCAUUUA